AACUCACCCACAAAUAACUAGCAAAAAAAAGAAAACGAAUAAACUACAGAGAAAAGAGCGAAGCGAAACACUAACAGGCGAAGAGCGAGAGCUAGGGUUUCCAAAAUCGCCAGUUGUUUACCCAAUCUUGGUUUGCUCUCAAACAUGGCAGAUGACAAUCAGAAUGAGGUGAAGGACGAGGUGGUACCAGAUAUUGCCCCUUUUGAUCCUACUAAAAAGAAGAAAAAGAAGAAGGUUGUAAUUCAGGAUACUACUGAUGAUUCUGUGGACAAGUUGACUGAGAAAACAGAAAACCUGGCAGUUUCUGAUGGGCAGGAGAGUACAUUUUCUGGUUUGAAAAAGAAGAAGAAGAAGCCAGUUGAAACCAGUAUCUUGAAUGAAGACAGUGGUGAUGCAGUGGAAGAUUUAAAUGAGCACGCUGGUGAGGAUGAGGAAGGAGAAGGAAUUGUUCUUGAGGCUCCAUCCUAUCCUUGGGAGGGGAGCGAUCGUGAUUACACAUAUGAGGAGCUUCUCGAUAGGGUGUUUAACAUUCUGCGCGAGAAUAACCCAGAGCUGGCUGGAGACAGGCGUAGGACAGUUAUGAGGCCUCCACAAGUACUUCGUGAGGGCACAAAGAAAACUGUUUUUGUGAAUUUCAUGGAUCUGUGCAAGACGAUGCAUAGGCAGCCAGAUCACGUCAUGGCGUUCUUGCUGGCUGAACUGGGGACAAGUGGAUCACUUGAUGGACAACAGAGGUUGGUCGUCAAGGGAAGAUUUGCACCGAAGAAUUUUGAAGGAAUACUGCGGCGAUAUGUCAAUGAAUAUGUCAUUUGCCUUGGGUGCAAAAGUCCAGACACUAUACUCUCAAAGGAGAAUCGUCUUUUCUUUCUCAGAUGCGAGAAGUGUGGUUCGGGGCGAACAGUUGCUCCAAUUAAAGCUGGUUUUGUGGCUCGCGUUGGACGAAGGAACGCUGGGACAUGAUCUUAACCAAAUAUUUUGUACUCAUGUUUUACUGGUAGUAGUUAAUGGAUUUUUGAGUUGUGUUUGGCAUCAACAACAGUAAUAUUUUUGCUGUGACGUUUGGAUAUUGAGGAAGAUUUUCUCUUGUAUUGUUGUUUCACAGUUACCUCUGCUUAGUGAUUACAGACCUUCCUAUA